AAAAAAAAAACUAAGAAUUAAAAAUCGUUAAUUAGUUACAGUCAAAAAAUUCUGCACCUCAUCAAAUUAUAUAUUAACUUAGGAUUUGUAAUCACUUAUCAUAACAGUCAAGAAUUAUGGGUAAUGCGGGUCUAAAGCAACACUAUGAAACUGCAUCGAAGACUGGAGUACUACAAAUAUCUAAUAACAAGCCAAAAUUGAGAGAAAUACCUACAGAAGUUUACAAAUUAUCAGAAAGUUUAAGGAAUUUGGACUUAUCCAAGAACAAAAUUUCAUGUAUUUCUGAUGAUAUAACAAAGUUUAAGCUGUUAAAACAACUAAAUCUAAGUGACAAUUCUAUUCAAGUUUUACCAAGUAUGUUAGCUAAUCUAAAAAAACUGGAAUUGUUAAAUGUUUCCCACAAUUCUAUACAGUUAUUGCCGCACCCAAUUGCUGAGUUAUCAAAUUUAAAACAAAUAUAUUUAAAUAACAAUAAGUUUAAACAAUUUCCAAAACCAUUGAUUGGACUCAAAAAUCUGGAGGUAGUUGAUCUAUCUCAUAACAAGAUUGUUGAGAUUCCAAGUGGCAUGGCAAAUUUUCAUGCAAUGGAGUUAAAUUUAAGUCAAAAUGAAAUCUCUGUUCUUUCUGAAGAUUUACAUGAAGCACCAAGACUUAAGAUAUUGAAAUUAGAAGAGAAUUGUCUGUGCUUAGAUACAAUUCGACCAAGCCUAUUGAGAGAUUCAAAAAUUCACACUCUCAAUGUAGAUGGAAAUUUAUUUGAAUCAAAACAAUUAGCUUCAGUGGAAGGAUAUAAUGAAUAUACAGAAAGAUAUACAGCUAUGAAGAAAAAGAUGUUUUGAUGUUAUCAUUACAGUCACACAUGGCACAUGGCACAACAAUGUUUCAUCAACUUAUAAAUAAAAUGAAAUAUUUAUUGUAAUUUAGAAAUUUGUAAAUUUUGCACAUUUUAGUCAUAUUUUAUAAGUUAUUGUUAU